CUGAUACUAUCUUUGGUACAAUUUUUAUUAUAAUGUGGGGUGGAUCUGCAGUAAUAACGUAAGUUUAAAAUUUAAGUUUGAAUUUAGAGUAAAUGCAAAAUUGUUAGGUGGAUAAGUUUCAUUUUUUUAGAGUGUUUGUGUACUUGGUUAUUGUGUAUUUCCAAUAAAUAUAGCUGCUGUUUUGAUAACUUUCUUUUAAUCAUAUUUUGGAUUUUUCUUAAGAAUAAUAAUUGUUGGAGUUGCAUUUUUAUGGUCAACAUUUUGUAAAUUUAUUAACAUUAUUAAUAGCAUCGUUGUCUUUUAUGAGUAGUAUGAUGAAUGAAGAAAAGAAAGUUAUUUCAGUUUAUCCAAUAUUUUUAUUUUACAUGUUUCUGUCAUGGUUUUGCAUUUUUAUUUGA